AACUGGAUUUCACUCCAUGAAGAAGAAUUUCAGGAAGUGUUCGAAUGCGGAUUAGAAGCAGCAGUGAUGGCGACUGCAGUGGACCAGGCCGUUGGCAUGAGCCUUGUUGUCUUCAGCCUAGUCCUGUUCACGUACUACUCUGUCUGGGUCAUUGUUCUGCCGUUUGUGGCCCGUGAUCACAUUCUACACAAUUACUUCCUGCCUCGGGAGUACUCUGUCAUUCUACCUGGUGUUGCAGCAAUAGUAGUGCUGAUUUGUAUAGGAGCUUUCACCGCGGUAGUCCUGUGGAAAAAUCGCAAACCAAAGAAAGUGGACUAACAUCAGAACAUGAGGAUGGCGCUACAGAACUGGAUCUUCAUCACACAUCUCACAAAAUGUUCAACAUUCAUUUAUUCAAAUUACAAGACUGAGAUCUGUUUGUAGAUGUUUCUAAAUAGAUACUCUUUUUUCAUUGUAAUUACCUUUUAUCUCUGUCAAACAUUAAGUUUCACAAGUGAUAUAAGUCUAUUAAUUUGGUAAGUCCACAUUAUGUAAAUAGACUAUUUGCAUAGAAAUAAAAGGAAACUUUAUUUGCUGUGUUUGAGCACAAUUGUUAAAAUAUGUGUCUUAAGAGUUGGGUCCCAAAGUGCAGUCAAUUUCAUUUCACCUGAAGGUAUGAAAUGAAAAUGUAUUGUAUAAAUGUAAAUGGGUCUGGGGACUGCAAUUCGGGACAUUGGGAAUAGCUGGACAAAUGGCACUGGAUUCUUGUCAUUACCCAAUGUGUUUAGGAGCCAUUAUCAAGACACCAGGACAUUCAGUUAAAGUUGUAUUUGGUUAUAUGGAUUAGCAGAUUAUGAUAAGCCUUCCCGAUACUGCACAGUUGUCCCGUCUUCAUACAGGUAGAUAUGUAUAAUGCUAUACUGUGGAACUUUCCAGGCAAACAAAACAUCCAUGGAGACCAGUAGGUGGUGGAAAAGUUACCUAGUGACCCUUUAAUUUAGGCUAUAUUAGGCCUAUAUAUUCUGUAGUCUUAUUUGUCUCUUUUAUUGUGAGCAUUGCAGAUCUUCCAGAUCUAUGCUGUUUUUCUCAAUAAAACAUGUUGCACUCAACAGUC